GGUAGCCAGUUAGGAGUAUUUGUGUUCUGGUGUUAGGGAUUUUCACCCACUCUUCUUUUCAGAACACUUCUAGUUCUGAGAUAUUUUAGGGCCACCUUGCAUGCACAGCAUUUAUAAGAUCUACCCACACAUUUUUAGUGAUGUUCAAGUCAUGGGACUGUGAGGGCCAGUCCAAAAGCUUCAGCUUGCAUUUUUUUUGAGUAGUCUGUGGUGGAUAUUGAGGUAUGUUUUUGGAUCAUUGUCCUCUUGUAGAAGCGAGUCUCUUUUCAGCUUUAGUUUCUUGACUGACUGCAUAACAUUUGCUUCUAGAAUUUGCAGGGUCAGGCUGUAUAUAAAGUCUGAAGAUGGCAGAAGAGGCGUCUUUCGGCUUUUAUUUUUAUUUUUAUUUUUUUUGAGGUUUCAUGGCGGUUGGCAAACCAGCUUAUGGUUCAUAUUAGUGAUGUGUCGUCCGUGAAUGAUUCGUUCAAAUGAACGAAUCUUUAAUAUGACUCGAGAAUACGACAGCGAGAACUAAGAAGCGUUUAGAGGAUUAAGAACUCCCGAACUCGAAGAUUCGGAAGAAACACACGUGACAAAAGAAAGAAGGAUUCGGAUCUGGAGUUGAAGUGACUAGAGCAUCUUCCGCCACCUACUACUGUAAAGGAGGCGUGGCGGAGGCGUGGCUUUUUACCGCUGAAAGAUUGGUUGCGUUACUUCUAUGUCGUCACUUUCCUGCGCCAGAUAUAGGGAUAUACAUAUAUAUUCUGUCCAGACUGGCGACACGAGGAUAUUACAGCAACUCUAGGACGAGUUUUAUGUGGUAUUACCCGCGUUUGCAAUGUCUGAAACGUGGCUUUAUCCCACAGUCCUGUUGUGUAUAUAUGGAUUUUUCUCCAGUCUCAGACCGUCAGAGCCUUUCCUCACCGCGUUCCUCAUGGGACCUGAUAAAAACCUGACCGAGAGAGAGGUUGUGAAUGAGAUCUAUCCAGUAUGGACAUAUUCGUAUCUGAUCUUACUGUUUCCUGUAUUCCUGGCUACGGAUUACCUCCGUUACAAGCCCGUGCUCAUCCUUCAGGCAGCCAGCUACAUCGUCACUUACACAAUGCUGCUGAAAGCUCAGGGUGUGCUGGCCAUUCAGGUUCUGGAGUUUUUCUAUGGUCUGGCUACAGCCACUGAGAUCGCUUACUACUCCUACAUCUACAGCGUGGUUGAACCGUCCAGUUAUCAGAAAGUGACUGGGUUCUGCCGCAGUGCGACUCUUCUGGGAUCAGCUGUAGGAUCACUCAUUGGACAGAUAUUGUUUUCAGAGGUUCUAGUUUCAUUGCUUACGCUCAGCAUCAUCACACUGUCCUCAUCCUGCUUGGCAUUCCUGGCACCAUGGUUUUUGUCUAUGCCCAGCAAGAGCCUGUUUUUCCACCAGAGAGAAAGCGAACCUCAGCACAAGACUGCACAGGAGCUCGCUGACAAGUCAGAGGACUACCAGAGCAAAGUGCCACUUGGUGUGAAUGAAGACAGCGUGAUUUUGAAGGAGAGACGUGGUGGCACUGGAGGUCUUGUCGGGGUCCUGAAAACUCUUGGAGCAGAUUUUGUGAAGUGUUAUUCAUGCCGCACUCUUCUGGCCUGGUCAGUGUGGUGGGCUCUGACUACCUGUGGCUACUUCCAAGUGGUCAAUUACGCCCAGGCCCUGUGGGAGAACAUCCUCUCUUCAAAAGAUUUUGUGAUCUAUAAUGGUUAUGUUGAGACCAUAUCUACUUUGCUUGGUGCCUUUGCUGCUUUCAGUGUAGGAUUGGUUAAGGUGUCGUGGGCAGUGUGGGGCGAACUCGCGCUCUGCGUUUUCUCCAUUGUCAUCGCUCUUUCUGUGUAUGUCAUGAACACAGUCAGGAAUAUCUGGGUCUGUUACACCUCUUACGUGAUCUUCCGAACCGCCUACAUGCUGCUCAUCACUAUAGCAACGUACCAGAUUGCAGUCAAUCUAAGUAUGGAGAGAUAUGCCUUAGUGUUUGGCGUGAACACGUUCGUGGCAUUGUUGCUUCAAACACUGCUUACUGUGAUUGUGGUUGACCCUGUCGGCCUGGGCCUUGAUCUAUUUCCCCAGUUCCUGAUCUAUGGUAGCUACUUUGCUGCAAUUGCAGUGAUCUUCCUCAUUGCUGGGUUAUAUAAAGUGGCUACACGUAAUAGUGCUGCUGAUCCCGAAGUACAAUCUGAGAGCGCAGAGAGUGAAACAGACCCGUCCGGUGGAGAGACCCCCAGCCCCAAAGACAACAGUAUUAUUUAAGGCAUUGUGAAGAAUUUGAGCACU